UCAUUCGAUUCAAAAAUCGACUUUGUUUUUUGUUUUGUGAUUACAGCAUUUCAUUCAAAAUCAAUUCGCAGAUGAGAAUCGAAUUGCAAUAAUUAUAAACUCUGAAUUUUAAAUUAAAAUAAAUAGAAAAAACCAACGAACAAAUGAUGAAAUAUUUAUUGAUAUUGUCGGCAAUUAUCAGCUUGAGUCAUGGUCAGCAUUCAUUGAGCCAAGCUGGUCAAGCUCAAUAUUAUACACCACCGACACCAUCGACAUCGGCCACAUUAGGUCAAGCAUAUAGCUUGUCACCGCAACAAUUGGCACAGCCAAUCCGUGUAUAUGGUUCGGCACCAAACGCUGGCUAUGCACCUGCCGCUUCUCCAGCUCAAUAUAGCCAAUAUUCUGCUCAACCGCAACCGCAAGCUGCUGCCGUUAGUCCAUAUGCUGGUCUAGGCUUGACCGCAUCUGCUGUUCAAGCUCAAGCUCAAGCACAAGCUCAGGCAGCUGCAGCUGCUGCCGUUCCUUCGAAUUAUGGUUGGCAAGUUCAACAUCAAGCAUUGCAACCACAGCCCCAACAACCACAAUCGCAAUCACACCCACAAGCUUUGGCUGCUCCCCAAGUUUCCUCGUACCAAACGGGUGCACCUGCACACGCACCUGCUCCUGCUGCUGUUGCUCCCGCAGCAUUACAUCGGCCAGCUUCUGUUCAUUAUGCCCAAAUUGGUGAAAAUCUAGCCGGAGAUUAUCGAUUUGGCUAUCGAACUGGUGAUGGUAAUAGUUUUCGUGAAGAAUCCCGAUUACCUGAUGGUACCGUUCAAGGUCAAUAUGGAUUUGUUGAUGCCGAUGGCAAACAACGUUUAGUUAAAUAUCAAGCCGGUGUUGGUGGUUUUCAAGUUUUAGGUAGUGGUGAUGGUGCCGCAGCAGCAGCUGCACCUGCUUCCGUUCCCGCUUAUCAUUCGGCUCCAGUUGCACGAAGUGUUGGAUCAUCGGCUGCAGUUUCAGUUCCAGCCAUUCCACAAUGGGCUCAAAGCCAUAUUGGUGGUACUAUUCCCGCAGCUGCUGCACCACAACAGCAACCGCAAUAUGCCCAAUAUGCUCAACAACAAUACGCAUCACCGGCACAACAAUACGCAUCACCGGCACAACAAUACUCAUCGCCGGCUGUUGCUUCAUCAUCACCAGGCGUUCCAGCACAACAUACAACUACACUACAAUUAGGUCCUGGUGGUGCUCAAUUUGCUUCAUCAGCUGCUGCUGGUAAUCAUCAACCGAAUACAUUGACCAUUCGACCAAUAGCUGCUAUUGCAGUACGUGCUGGUUCCUCUACCGGUGCCGCCAUUCAACAAUCAUAUGGCCAACCAUCAGCAACACAGCCACAAACCUGGGGCUCGCAUUUAGGUUAAAAUAAAAUCGAUUUCAAAUAGUG